CUUUCUCUCUAUCUCUCUCUAUCUCUCUCCUCCUUCGAACCCCAAGGCAGCCAGAGAGGAGAGAGAUAGAGAGGGAUUGGAGACCCGUAUGGACGGUAUGGUCCUGCGUCCAUAGCCGCUUCCUCGCCUGGAUCGUAGAGGGGAGCCAGGAAGCCGGCCGAUCCGUUUCUUCCUCCUGCGGGUCGGCGUCGGGGGCGAUGGAGGGGAGGGCGGCGGCGGACGAGAACCGGAGGCCGGUGGUGGGAAAGCCCGUUCCUAGCGUCCGGGAGAUGGGGAACCGGCGGGCGCUCAGGGAAAUCAAGAACCUCGUCGGAGCUGCCCCGUACCCCUGCGCCAUCGCCAAGAAGCCCAUUCUACAGAAGAGCAGGAGGGAUGAGCAGAAGCCGGCGUUGGCGGGCCACCGGCCCAUGACGAGGAAAUUCGCCGCCUCCUUGGCGAGCAAAGAACAACCUGAACAUCAGGCGACCGCGACUGAUGCUGCAGCAAUUGAAGUUGAUCACAAGAAGGAACUAAUCGAUGAUGGCACCGUCGACAUCGACCUGGAACAGUUCAAGUUGGUCGCCGACAUUGAUAUGGAUGACUCAGAACACAAGGACAAUGUGGAUGAUGAUGAUUCCAUCAUGGACAUUGACAGUGCUGACUCGGACAACCCGCUUGCGGCAACCGAGUAUGUGGAAGAGCUUUACAGGUUCUACAGAGAAAACGAGGCAAAAAGUUGUGUGAGGCAUGAUUACAUGUCCAUUCAAUAAGACAUAAAUGCAAAGAUGAGAGCAAUUCUGAUUGACUGGCUCACUGAGGUGCAUUACAAGUUUGAGCUCAUGGACGAAACACUCUUUCUUACGGUAAACAUAAUAGAUAGAUUCUUGGAGAAGCAAGUAAUUCCAAGGAAGAAGCUGCAGUUGGUUGGAGUAACAGCUAUGCUUCUUGCUUGUAAAUAUGAGGAGGUUUCAGUUCCUGUCGUUGAGGAUCUAGUGCUCAUUUCUGACCGGGCGUACACAAAAGGGCAGAUUCUAGAAAUGGAAAAGUUGAUUUUGAACACUUUACAGUUCAACAUGUCUGUUCCAACACCUUAUGUCUUCAUGAGGAGAUUUCUGAAGGCAGCAGAUUCUGAUAAACAGCUAGAGCUAGUUUCCUUUUUCAUGUUGGAGCUCUGCCUCGUUGAAUACCAAAUGCUAAAGUAUCGCCCUUCGCUUCUGGCUGCCGCUGCAGUUUAUACUGCGCAAUGUGCAAUUAAUCGUUGCCAGCAAUGGACAAAGAUUUGUGAGUUACAUAGCAGAUACACCGGUGACCAACUCCUUGAGUGCUCCAAGAUGAUGGUAGACUUCCACCAGAAGGCCGGAGCUGGGAGGCUUACAGGCGUCCACAAGAAGUACAGCACUUCCAAGUUUGGGUGCGCAGCCAAAGUUGAGCCUGCGAUGUUCCUGCUGGAGUCAGGAGGGACACCUUCAGCUGCAAUCAAGUAGAGUCUAUUCCCGAGGAUAAAGUUUGACCUACUCUGGAAACAAGAUGCAGAAAACUCUGGUUGAUGUUGCACAAAAGUGCAGCAGAUUUCGUUACAGCUUUGUUUGUGAUCAAGUAAAGUUAGUCUGUUUAUUUAUGUUUGUGGACGAUGGUGACCCGGGCAGUCAGUUAGGUUAUCUCCAGCAGCUACCUUAAAUUUUCAUCCUCUAAAACAUUAUUACAGCAUCCUCUAUCAUUAUUAUAGCAUCCCUUAUUUUUUCAUCUCCAGCAGCUACCCUAUUUUCUACCUUCUACUCCU